AUGAAAAGGUUAACUUUAUAUUUAAAAAUUACUAUAUUCCUUCUUUUAAUGUGGAUGUUUCAAUGUUUUUAUAACUGUGAUUCAUAUAAAACUUUGAUUGAUAAAAAUAUAUUGCAAACAAAAAAUGAGUUAAAAUAUGAAAGAGUAUUAACAGAGGGUGAUAUAGCAGGAAAAAUGCAAACUUACUCGGAAGGAAUCCUAGAAGAAUGUUCAUUAGAUAAUAAAAAAAACAAAUGGGAAAAUCCGGUUCAAAACGAGAAUCCGUGCGAUCGAUGGCAGAGAAAAACUAAUCGCUUCUUGGAGACAAUAUUUAAUGAAAAAACAAGUAAAAUGGACCCUAAAUGGAGAGACCAAAAAUGGAAUAAUGAAUGGAAUAAAAUUUCAGCUAACAAGGUUAAUGAACUAUCUUCAAUAUUUCAUCGAAGUGAUAUAUCAGAAGAAGAAAAAAGAAAAUUAAUUCGUAGUGUUAAGGAUGAACUCUACUUAGAAUUUGCGAAAUUUUUAGAUGAAUGUAAGAAAGAGAUGAGAGACAAUAAAACAGAAUCCGGAUCUAAGAAAAAGAUGAUAGAAGAUAAAACAGAAUGCGAAUCUAACAAAGAGAUGACAGACAAUAUAACAGAAUCCGAAUCUAUGAAAGAGAUGAGAGACAAUAAAACAGAAUACGAAUCUAGUAAAGUGAUGAGAGGCAAUAAAACGGAAUCCGAAUCUAAUAAUGAGAUAAGAGACAAUAAAACGGAAUCCGAAUCUAGGAAUGAGAUGACAGACAAUAAAACAGAAUCCGAAUCUAAUAAAGAGAUGAUAGACAAUAAAACAGAAUCCGAAUCUAAGAAUGAGAUGACAGACAAUAAAACAGAAUCCGAAUCUAAGAAUGAGAUGACAGACAAUAAAACAGAAUGCGAAUCUAAGAAUGAGAUGACAGACAAUAAAACAGAAUCCGAAUCUAAGAAAGAGAUGAUAGACAAUAAAACACACUCCGAAUCUAAGAUGGAGCAGGGAAAAAAUAAAAUAAAAAAUAAGAAAUCAAAUAUUUUGAAAUUUCUUUUUAAGAGGUUUGAUAACCAUUAA